AUGGAUGAUAAUUACGAUUACGAAUUUUUUACUUAUUUAACUUCUAGUACCAAUGAAACUACCAAUAACAAUAAUAAUGUCAAAAGAGUAAACCUUUCUGAUAAACCUAGUUUUGCUCAAUCCUUUUUUGAAUUUUAUGACCAGCUCAGAAUUAAGCCUGAGAACAAGCUGGUAACUAAGGCCAAAUGUAAAGUCAAAGAUUGUCAAACUCAAUAUGUAUACUUAGUUGAAGAGCUUAAAAAAUCCUCUCAGCAAACCAUAGAAACCACUUUAUUGAAACCUUAUUUAGCAUCAAGACAACAGAAGCUUACAUGA